UUGUGGAUUCCACUCUCCACUAACAUCUUACGAAAUGGGAAGAUCACAAGUUUAUUUUCUCCUAUUCCUUGUGGCAUCCAUGGCAGUCAUACAACUCUCGAUUGCCGGAGGUGAAGGUUCAGUGCCCGUCGAAGAAUGUCCAUCUGCAUGUUCAGUUAGAUGUUCCGCAACACAUCAUCGAGGACAAUGUAUGGAUGUAUGCCAAGACUGUUGUCAAAAGUGUUUAUGUGUUCCUUCUGGAACUAUUGGAAGCAAGGACGAGUGUCCCUGUUAUAGAGAUUUGAAAACCAAGUAUGGAACACCCAAAUGUCCGUAAUCAUAAACUAUUUAUUUAUUUUAUUAUUCAUGGAAUAAUCAUUAAUAAAAUAUAUAUUUUUA